ACCACCCUCUCUAGUCCACCCCACCCCUUUCUAGAAACUGGUGGCAAAACCUCGCAGGACACCUGUGCUGCUGGACUGGAUACUCUCCCCUUUUUUGUGCUCUUUGUGAAACACGAUUUAAGAUCUAAAUUCACACCCAAAUCGUGGAUGGUGCUGAUGAGAAGCAGUGGUGAAUGAAAGGCGGGGUGGGGGGGGGUAUAGACGCGGAAACAAGCGGACCAAAUCUGCGUCGAUUGACGGUGACGGAGCGGCGGCACCACCAGCAGCAGCACCACCACCAGCGGCGGCAGCAGCAGCAUCAGUCGGUCGGCGGAUGGAGAUGCGUUGUCAAGGCGGAGGGAUGAUGAUAGUGAUAUAGCAGGUGCUGCAGGGUUGUGCCGCAUUGCCUGGCCGCCGCGAGCGACGCCGGGGAGACGGUGAUGCUGUCGUCGUCGUCGUCGUCGUCAUUCUGUCACAGACAGAGAGGAGAGGCUUUGACAUGGAGGGAAGCGGCCGCGCGUCUGUGUCUGUGAGCUCAGGCCGCCCGGAUCAGCAGGUUGGAUGUACCGCCCGAAGCCUAGAGAGAAGCACCUGAGUCAUGACAUAGGCUAUACGUGGUGGGGAGAAGAAGAAAAAAUAAUUACAAUAAAAGUUGAAUUCUGGACUGUGGAAUUGCAAUGUUUCUGUGCGUAAAAGUGAACGGCCCAUAUGUGUGUUGAGGAUGCAUCAUAGGAGCAUCACAGCAGCAGCGUCUGUGCCAGUUCGGGGUGGAUUACGUGUACAGAGCAGCAGGCCUCCAUCUGGAGUCAGCUUGUGAUCAGUGAAAUCAUACAGGAAAAAAAAACAUUUCAUACACUUCACCCUGUUGCUGUUGGGGGAACAAUUGAUUGUGUUGUUUGACUGGAAGCUGGUUGUGGAGGGACAGCUGUUGCCAGAGAUGACUCACUUACAGACUGGCCUCUCUCCAGAGACCCUGGAGAAGGCCAAGGUGGAGCUGAAAGAAAACCCCGAGACUUUACACCAGGACAUCCAGGAAGUCCGGGACAUGAUCAUCACCCGGCCGGACAUCGGUUUCCUCCGGACGGACGACGCGUUUAUCAUCCGAUUCCUCCGGGCGAGGAAGUUCAACCACUUCGAGGCGUUUCGGCUGCUGGCACAGUAUUUUGAGUACCGACAGCAGAACCUGGACAUGUUCAAGAACCUGAAAGCCACGGACCCGGGGAUCAAGCAGGCCCUGAAGGACGGUUUCCCCGGCGUGCUCUCCAAUCUGGACAGAUACGGCAGGAAAAUACUGGUCCUGUUCGCAGCCAACUGGGACCAGAGCAGAUACACGUUUGUGGACAUACUGAGGGCGAUCCUGCUGUCGUUGGAAUCUAUGAUCGAAGACCCGGAGCUGCAGGUCAACGGCUUCAUCCUCAUUAUCGACUGGAGUAACUUCACCUUCAAGCAGGCGUCCAAACUGACUCCCAGCAUGCUGCGGCUGGCCAUCGAGGGGCUGCAGGACAGUUUUCCUGCCAGAUUUGGAGGGAUCCACUUUGUGAACCAGCCCUGGUACAUCCACGCUCUCUACACCGUGAUACGACCCUUCCUCAAAGACAAGACCAGGAAGAGGAUCUUCAUGCACGGCAACAACCUGAACAGCCUCCACCAGCUGAUCCAUCCUGAGAUCUUGCCGUCGGAGCUGGGCGGGAUGAUGCCGCCGUACGAUAUGGGCACGUGGGCGCGGACACUGCUGGACCACGCCUACGACGAGGAGACCGACUACUGUCCGGAGUCCUACACCCUCUCAGUACAAGACCUGGAGAGAGACUUGGAGAAAAACCUGUCCCCGAAAACCAUGAAGAGGUCUCAGUCCGUGGUGGAACCAGGCGUCCUGAAACGGCCAGACAAAGUCAAGAGUGAAGAGGACAACAUGCAGCCGCUGCUCUCGCUGGACUAAACCACACAUCCAAUAACAGCUCAAAAGCAUAAUCAAAAGCAUAACACAAAAACACACUGACUUACCUGCGCACGUGCGCUCUGAAAACAACCUUUCUCCAAUAAAACGCUGCUGCUGCUGCUGCAA